GGUAGGGGCCGAGGGAGAGGCCGCGGGGCUCGCGGAGGCAAGGCCGAAGAUAAGGAAUGGAUUCCUGUCACCAAGCUUGGUCGCCUGGUCAAGGAUAUGAAGAUCAAGUCUCUGGAGGAGAUCUAUCUCUUCUCGCUUCCAAUCAAGGAGUCAGAGAUCAUCGAUUUCUUCCUGGGGUCUUCGCUGAAAGAUGAGGUUUUGAAGAUCAUGCCUGUCCAGAAACAGACUCGUGCUGGUCAGCGUACCAGGUUUAAGGCUUUUGUUGCUAUCGGGGACUACAACGGCCACGUUGGUCUUGGUGUUAAAUGCUCUAAAGAAGUUGCCACUGCUAUUCGCGGGGCGAUCAUUUUGGCCAAAUUGUCCAUCGUACCUGUACGACGAGGCUAUUGGGGGAACAAGAUUGGCAAGCCCCACACCGUGCCUUGCAAGGUCACUGGCCGGUGUGGAUCCGUCCUGGUGCGUCUGAUCCCGGCUCCCCGCGGUACAGGGAUCGUGUCUGCCCCUGUCCCCAAGAAGCUGCUGAUGAUGGCUGGUAUUGAUGACUGUUACACCUCGGCCAGGGGCUGCACUGCCACCCUCGGCAACUUUGCUAAAGCCACCUUCGAUGCCAUCUCCAAGACCUACAGUUACCUGACCCCCGACCUCUGGAAAGAGACUGUGUUCACCAAGUCUCCUUACCAGGAGUUCACUGAUCAUCUGGCUAAGACCCACACCAGAGUCUCCGUGCAGAGAACCCAGGCAGCUGCUGUGGCAACGACUUAAGUGGUUUUUGUACAAGACAAUAAAGUGAUCAGUGAACAAGAAACUGGGAUUGGCUUGACGGGGCGGUUAAUGCAUCGGGCAGAUGGAUUAAAUCUCCGCUGGGAAUUUGAGUAGGUUCAGGUCUGUGGGCCAGAGCCUGAACAUCUGUUGAAUGAAAUAGUAUGUUACG